AAGAGGCAGCGAGUUAAGAACAAGGCGUGCUUUGCGCUUCGAAAUUGAGUUAGAGAGAGAAAGAGAGUGAGAGUGACAGUAACUCGUGUAUUUGUAUAGUUGUUUGGCGAAAGUUGUUAAUGGCGAUUUGGUCGAAGGUCUGAAGCAAAUAAAGCAAGAAAGAGAGAGAGAGAGGUUUUUGAGGUAUCUAUCUGGCAUUUGGGCUCUUUGUUUUUUGUACGGCGAAGAGUCCGAUAUUUCUGGGAGAUUCCUCUUCUUGUUCGCCGUUAAAGCUCAGAAAUAGUUUAGUUUCAGAAGAAGAUCAAAAGGGCAUUUUUUUUUUUCUGUGUUCAUUGGAGAAUUGAAAUGGAGUGGCCUGCUUUUCUGGAUGAGUAUGAGAAGCUUGUUUUCCGUAUGAACACUCCAAGGGUCGUGAUCGACAAUGCCGUUUGCCCCACUGCAACUCUGGUCAAGGUUGAUAGUGCCAGAAGGCAUGGAAUUCUCUUGGAGGCUGUUCAGGUUCUCACGGAUCUGAACCUUUCAAUUAAAAAGGCUUACAUUUCUUCAGAUGGUCGGUGGUUCAUGGAUGUUUUUCAUGUGACCGAUCAAAACGGCAAUAAAUUAACGGAUGAGAGCGUCAUAAGUUACAUUGAGAAGUCCCUUGUUACCAUUCACUAUGAAAGAUCCAAUGAAAUUAACGGCUUGACGGCUCUGGAGCUAACGGGGACCGACCGGGUCGGCCUACUUUCAGAGGUGUUUGCUGUUCUAGCUGACCUUCAAUGCAAUGUGGUGGAGUCCAAGGUGUGGACGCACAAUGGCCGGAUUGCUUCGCUUAUCUACGUUAAGGACUGUGAUUCUGGUUGUCCGAUUGAGGAUUCACAGAAGAUCAAUAGAAUCGAAGGCCUAUUAAGGAAUGUUCUUAAGGGAGACAAUGAUAUUCGAACUGCGAAAACCUCAGUUUCCAUGGCCGUUACCCACACAGAGAGAAGACUGCACCAGAUGAUGUUUGCGGACCGCGAUUAUGAGAGGAAGCCCAUCUUGCAGUAUUGUGCGGAUUCUCCGGUGGUCACUGUGCAGAACUGGACGGAAAGGGGUUACUCGGUGGUGAAUAUUCAAUGCAAGGAUAGAACCAAGCUUUUGUUUGAUGUCGUUUGCACAUUAACAGAUAUGGAUUAUGUGGUUUUCCAUGCCACUAUUAACACAGCAAGGGAUAGAGCUUGCUUGGAAUUUUACAUAAAGCAUAAAGAUGGAACCCCAAUUAGCUCAGAACCCGAACGACAACGUGUGAUCCAAUGUUUACAAGCGGCCAUAAAAAGAAGGGCAUCUGAGGGUGUGAGGCUAGAAUUAUGCACGGCGGACAGGCAGUGUCUUUUAGCGGAUGUAACAAGAACAUUCCGCGAAAACGGCCUAAAUGUGACAAGGGCCGAGAUCUCCACCUCGGGCGAAAUGGCUCGGAACGUUUUCUACGUAACCGACGCCGUCGGCAAUCCAGCGGACCCUAAAACCAUCGAAUCGGUCCGACAGAAAAUAGGGCUGAGUAACUUGAAAGUGAAGGAAUUGCCAUUGGUAUAUCACUCCAAGGGGGAAAGCGAAGAGGAGGCGGUUGGGGCUGGUGGGGCCGUGUUGUUAUCACUUGGGAGCUUAGUGAGGAGGAAUCUAUACAAUUUGGGAUUGAUUAGAUCUUAUUCUUAAGCAAGAGUAGUCACUCACACUAAAAGGACAAUUUAGUAGUAGAAGACUUGUCCACAUUGUUGGCAUAUAUUCUUUGCUUGAGGUUUGAGCUUUGUGUACAUAGAAAGUGAAAAGGAAGAAACGAAAGGUGGAAUUUGGUAAUAGUAUUAAUAGUUGUUAUUAUGGUUGGGUUUGGUUGGUCCAAAUUUAAAUGCUGUCGUUCGUUUGAAUUAUAGGUAGAGGGAAAAAGCAAGCAGAUGGGGAUUGUUUAAAAAGGUGUCGUUGGUAUUUGAUAUUUUUCUGUAAUGGUUUAUUAUUAUUGGCAGGCAUUGAUGGGAGGUUAGGUACUAGGACAAAAAAGAAAUUGGGGCUUUAUACAGGAAAUUUCACCACACGCUUUGUACAUAAACGACUUGUUAAGUAUUUAGAGCCAAUGGUUGACCUCA